UUUUACAUCGAUUUUAUAUAACGGUGAAGAAAAAUUUCGUCCAGUUCAGAAGAUUGAAGAAAAUAAGGGACUACGAAGAAAGAUAUAACAUAUAUAUAUAUAUAUAGGAACAAUUAGAAGACAAAUAUCGUAUCGACGAUAAUUAUAACUUUCCAUGCGAUAGUUCCUUUCCCAACGCACACUCUUAUAAUGAAAAAUAAUUUUAUUCGAAUACGCGAAGAAAAAAUAUACAGAUAUCGCAGACGAUUUUUAAACGAGCUUUUUAAAUUGUGAACCAUUGGGAAAACUAACUUUUGGAUAAAAGUAAAAUUUGUGAUUCAGUGCGACGAGGAUAGGAAAGUGAGGCUUUUAUAUUCGAAGAGUACCCACCAAUCGUUAACGUACGAAUCGAAAGCACUAGUCGAGGGUAGAGCGUGAAAAAAAUCAAAGGCCUUUAAGAGACUCGUGAGCUUACUCGAUGUGGAGAUAAGUGCGCGAUGGUAUUGAUAGUACGUUUAUCGUUAUCGACAGAAAUGAGAAAACUAGAGAUGGAAACUAUGCCAUUGUAAACAAAUUAGUGCAUUGAUACUUUUCAAAUUUACUUUGGUCUUACCACUUAGAAUACUUUCGCGAAGAAAAGGCGCGAUUAACACGUCGUCUGAUAAUAUUCGUGCUAACAGUUCUCGACCGUGAACGGCAAAUACAUCGAUUACUCACCGAACAAACAUAAUUCAUUGCUGUACUGGCAACCGUAGCAGGUAAAGAAGAUUCACUUCCGUUCAGAGCUUUUACGAAGAAUGUGCAGCCUAUUGUGUUAGUCACGACCAUGAGCACGAGGAGGCUUACUUUUAGCACCAUCGGUAUCUUUUAUCAGAAAUUUUUCAUUCAUUUAAUUUAUUACCUUCAUCGAUCGAAAAUUUAAUAAAGAGAAAAUAUUAGCCUAUAAGGUAUGUAGAAAAUUAUAUAAAAGGUAGCUUUACUAUAUUCAAAUGUCGCGCCACUCACCAAGAAGACGAACUCAGCGCCACCGGCUAGCUUGCCAAACAAGCUACCGCAGGUAGCGAGAAUGCCGCUGCACACAGCCAGGUGAAUCUUUGUUUCUCCUUGCUCCAUGAAUUUCGUCGAUAGUUUAGCGUCUUUUUCUUUCACGAAAUCCAUCGGGCUGGGGACAAUGAACAAUAUUUUUAAAUUAAUAGAAAUGUAGCAUAAAGUAUGACCACUUGGUGGAUGAUGUGGCUUUAUCGAUCGAAUAAACUUCAGUUUGUUGCAUAAUAAUGAAAAAGAGAUAGUGAGAGAAAUAAAAAGGAAGUAGAUAUAUAAUGUAUAUAAAUGAUGGGAAGGAACAAACAGUAUUCAAAGUAGUAGCUUCAGAGUAAGAAAAUAAGUAUGUAUGGUAUAUAUAUGAAUGGAAUUAAAUUGUUGGACGAAUUAUACAUUAUGAGAAAAAGUAUAACAGGGGAGGACGAAUAAGUAGUUAAAUGUACAGUAGAGAAUAUGAAAGGAUAUAAAGGCAAAAUACUUUUCUAUCGAGUUUUUUCUAAUCGUACAAUAAUGUGGAACAUAAAUGGCGUAUAGAUGUUAACCUUUUCGCUUGUGACAUAAUGUGUUCGCUGUAGACGUUGAAAAUUUUCGAUGCCGACGUACGGAACGCUAACGAUGUUCGAUACGCAGUUCGUAUUUGAUCGUCAGUUUAUCGAUGGCGUAUAUAAUACGCCUUCUUAUUUGAGCGUUCACUCUUAAAAAGGCGUAUAUGUACGGCAUUCGGAGCGAAAGGAUUAAUUGUACAUGUUUAACUCGAAAAUACAGCUGUAAGAACUAUAAGCACAUAACAAUGGAACACGCGGAUUUAGUAGCAGAUAUGGUCCGUGUAGAAAGGCUCACUACGCAAGAACGACUACAUCUUGCACGACAUCGUAGACUUCAGCAGUUAAAAGUGUGGCGUCAGCGUGAGAAAGAAUGGCUACGGAAUCAAACCAGACAUACAAGCAACAAGCGUCAUAUAUACUUCAAUGAUAGUGUCAUGUUAUUAGAAGCUGCUGCAAGAAAUGAUAUAGAUGAAGUUAGAAGACUGUUGAAAAAAGGAGUAAAUCCUGAUUCAACAAAUGAAGAUGGAUUAACUGCAUUGCAUCAAUGCUGUAUAGAUGACAAUGAAGAGAUGAUGAAGUUACUUGUUGAAUUUGGUGCUAAUGUAAAUGCUGAAGAUAGUGAAAAAUGGACUCCGUUACAUGCUGCUGCUACCUGCGGUCACUUACAUCUUGUAAGAUAUCUGAUAGCUAGAGGUGCAAACUUAUUGGCUGUUAACGCUGAUGGAAAUAUGCCUUAUGACAUUUGUGAGGAUGAAAAGACAUUAGAUUGUAUCGAAGGUGAAAUGGCAAGACGAGGCGUUACACAGGAAUUAAUAGAUGAAACUAGAGCGUCAACUGAAGUUCAAAUGUUGAGAGAUUUGCAAAAAAUUGUUACCAUGGGUGGAGAUCUCGAGUAUAAGGAUCAUCAAGGUGCUACACCUCUUCACAUAGCAUCGGCAAAUGGUUAUUUAAGGGUAGUCGAAUAUCUUCUCGAUCAACACAUUUCUACCGAUAUAGAAGAUAAUGAUAAAUGGCAACCUGUCCAUGCAGCAGCAUGUUGGGGUCAUUUAGAAGUCCUAGAACUAUUGGUACAAAAUGGGGCUGAUUUAAAUGCAAGAAAUAAGCAUGACGAAACUCCUGCUGAUAUUUGUGAAGAUCCUGAAAUUAGAGAACGCAUAGUUGAACUUAAAACGGAACAAGAGAGUAAACGAUUGCGAGAAGCACAAGGUCGCCGGGUACGAAGAUCGCAAAGUAUAAAUACUCGUACUCAAAGUGUACGACGGACAUCGAUCAGAGACAAAGUUCUCACAACAAAGAAAGAUGCUCAAGAGGAAGCAAGACUGAGGUUACAAGCACAACAGACAUACGUUAGUAUUCCAACUCCUAAUCUUCCACAAACAGAGAACAGCACAAAUACGCAAGAUGUGGUAAAUAAUGAAACUGAAUCAAGUACGCUGACUCCUGCUGUACGCAAAGGGCCAGAAGGAAAAGAUAAUGAUUCUUUUAUGCAUGAAGAUGUUGAUAAAGAUUCAGCAGUGACAGAACCUGAUGUACCAGUUGGCAGCCAGCAACCUAUUUACUCGACAGAUGAUACCAAUGGAAAGAUCAACAUACAUGUGUCUGUAGUUUUUGUCAAAUCUCUAUCAGAUUUGAAAAAGAAGAGGGCACAAAAUCGACAUAUAUCAAGUGGUUCCGUGGAUACUAAUGGAAAUGGUUUUCCAGUUGUACCAGUUUCAUCUAUAUCCAACUCUGAUUUGGGCACAAGUGACUUUCAACGAUUUACUGGAAACACAAGUGAAAUUAUUGGUGAUAACCACUCAGAAAAGAGUUGUUGUACUGUCAUGUAAAAUGUACAUAUACGAAGAUAAAAUUACACGUCGCUAAACUAAAUGUUCCUUGAACAUAACAUGGUAAAUAUAUCUAUUCAAUUUUUAGAUAAAAUUUAAUUGCAUUGAUCAUUGUACUUAAUUCUUCUUAGACUUUUCAUAGAUCAAAAUUCAUAUGAUAUUAGAAAUAUACUUUUAUAUAUACUUAAUUAUCCUUAUUGGGAUUCCUGAAUAAGCAUUACAUUCUCUGUAAUGUAUGUUAUUAAUAAUAAUAUUUUAAAAUGUUAUAGAAUCAAUUUUAGAAGUGUUAUCCUAUUUUGGAAUGAUUAAAUAUGUACUUAACGGUUAUAGUAACAAUGUAUUAUAGUUGAAUUUUUGACAUAUAUUAUUCUGUAAUUUGUACAUAAACUAUCAUUUGUAUUUACACCGUUAAUUAGUUAAUAAUAUUGGAUAUCUUUAACUAUUUAGUUAAUAAUUAGCUAUCAUUAUAAAAUUUUAAUAAUUAAUUUAUAAGCACGAUGGUCUUGUACAAAACUGAUUGCGAGAUAUUUCUUUUUUGCUUCUAUUAUUAUAUCUCUUAUGUAUGUGAUAGUAUCGCACUUGUCUUUCGAAAUAUAUAUUCAUGCAAAUUAGAAGUAAAUUUAUAAGCAAACCUCUUUUUGAUUUAAAUGUUUCAUAGUGCUUUAGAAUUUCUCUAUUAUAUCAGUUUUUCACAUGACCUUUGUGGUGCAGAAUUUUAUUUAUUUAAAAAAAAUAUUCUAAAUAGAGAGUAAACUUAUAUACAUAUAUAUAUAUACAUAUAUAUACACACAUAUAUAUAUAUAUAUAUAUAUAUAUAUAUAUAUAUAUAUGUAUAUAUUUAUUCUAUAAAAAAUUAUCUUCUCAUAAGCAACAGCCAAACAUAAGACUACACUCAAUAUCUUCCAGUCUUUUUUAUGAAUAUAAAAUAUAAUAACUAUAUAAGUGCUAAUUUUAUAUUAAUUUAAGCAGCCAAAUUUUUAUAUCUACUUCUGCUUAUAUAAAAUAUAAUAUAUAUCUAUAUUAGCAUGUUAAGUAUUUAAAACGAUGUCUUCAAUUAUAAGGGGGAAAAAAAAAAAGAUAGAAAAGAAACACCACUGUAAUUUAAAUAUUUCACAUUGUCAUUCAAAAAUGUAUUAAAAAAAUAAUUAGAUUUUCCAAAUUACAUGUUACAGUGGGUAUAACGUAUAUGUUAAAUGUCUAUCUAUGAACUAAAGACAUCUAUUUUUUUAAAAAAUAUGUGUUAUGAUAUAAUCAUCAGAUAAUUAUAUUAUAUCUAAAUUAACAAUAUAUAAGAAUGUGAUUAAUAAAACGAAGAAGAAAUUUUCUAUGACAUUUGAAUAGAAGAAUAUAUUGGUAUUCUUUAAAAAUGAAAGAUAUCUGCUGUAAAAAAUAUAUAUGUAUACAAAAUAUAAUAAUUUUUAUUUUAUCAUAUUAUCAGAGCACAAUUGGUACUUUUUCUUUGAGUUGUUAGUUCAAAUCUCAUAUGCUAAAUACAAUUGAUGAGAAAAGAAAGCCUAUUAUACUAUAAAUAAUAAAUUAUAUCUUCCUAUAUAAUCAGUAUCAAUGUGUUCAGAAAGAAUAAUAGUUCUAAAUAUUCUUGCAAUAACAAUAAUUUUCUUAGACUUUUAUGUGUAAUAUUAAAGUUGUGAUGUCAUAAUGACAACUCUCAUGUAUAUUUUAACUGCCCUAACCAAUUAUUUUAAUUAAAAUUCAAUAUAGAUAUUAUUUAGAAUUAUAAAAACGAUUAAUAUUCAUAUUCAUUGGAACAAAUUUAGUGCUACAAUUUUCAGAAACAACAAUGUUCUUUAGAUAAUCACUUUUAUAAACAAAUGCAGAUAUCUUCCUAGCUUUUAUGAAUAAUUUCAAUUAAACUAAUAAAAUAUAUAUUAUCUUUAGGCAAGCAUUCAAAUGUAAGACCAUUAUUAUGUCUUACAUAACAUAACUUGUCUAUAUAUCACGACAAUAUAUAUCAAAAAUUAUUAAGUAGAAAGAAAAAAUGAAUACUGAACAAUAUAUGUAAAUGUAUCACUAUAUGCACUUUUUCGAUAUUAAACAAUUAGAUGAUAUAAAAUGUGUUCUUUUAUCAUAU